CUUGACUCUCCUGAAAACAAUUUGCUCCUCCCGUACAUCGUGCAGCACACAGCCAGCCUCACCAGACCGAUUGCUUCCUUUGAUUAGACUGGAGUUCGCGGUGAUUUUUGCCAUUAUCCACAAUCUAUUGGUUUUGAUGUUGAACACAUACUUAAUAGCCAGCUUACUUGUGGGACUCUUUGCACAUGUGAAAUACUAGUCAACCAUCAAUGACAAUGGCCACCACGUUUCAGUCCUUCUCACGCCUCCCCUUUGAAAUUCGCAGCCAAAUCUGGGCCUUGGCAGCGUACCCACGUCUCGUCCACAUCCGCACAGAGCCCAAGCCAGGCCGAUUUGAGGGCCACCGUUUUGCAGGCUCGGACCGUUAUUUUGCCUCUAUGAUUCCACAAGCGGAACUCAUGCAUGUCUGCCGGGAGUCUCGUCAACUCGCUCCAUAUCAGAAAGCAUUCUUCACUACCUUACCUGGCGACUCCGAGACUCGGUAUAUUUGGGUGAAUUUUAACGAGGACAUGAUCUGCCUCGAACACCACCAUCUGUCCGCCCUUAACCCGCAUGCGGCCGAUAUUCAGCGGCUUAGGUUCACCGUACCAACGGGGAGAGAAUUUGAACACUGGGGCGAACCAUUUACUAGAUUUACGAGCUCAUGGUUCACGGAGUUUACCGCUCUGCGGGAAUUGCACUUGGCCAUAUCGUAUUACAUGAAUUUCUGGGGGGCAACCUCUGGCUCGUAUGGCAUUUGUCCUAUCGCUAAUGUUAGGUUUGUUGACAUUCAUACGGGGCUUAUGUUGACUAAAGCUCAGAUUGAUUUAGCAGAGGAAUGGUUAAGCCAGAAGGGGUGGCUAGUACAGAAUAUGGAUGACAUUGACGAAGAGUUGUGGUCCGUUAGUGGAUUUCCUUUUAUUGAGCUUUGCUCAGAUGUAGAAUAAGAUUACUGUAUAAUACAAUAACUAAGCUAGCUCAAAUGAUGGAGAGAUUUUUAUAUGGUG